ACUAUCUUUCUUCUUGAACCAACUCAACACGCCAAAAGCCCCUUCCUUUUUUCUGUCCACUUCUCUACACCAAUAACCAUUUAGUCUUUUCCUUUUUCAUAUAAUAAAAACUUCAGAGUACUUUCUAAAUUUGACUUGCAAUGGAAGAUCACAAAGAGAAGGCAUGGCUAUCAGUGCCAACAUUUGGGGACUGGGAUCAAAAAGGAGUUGUGCCAGACUACUCAAUGGAUUUCUCAAAAAUAAGAGAGAAUAGGAAAAGGAACAAAUCAAGAGCCAGUCUAGGAAAUGAGGAAGAACUCAAUUCCUCCUCAACUACAAGUAAUAAUAAUGUGAAUACAGUUCAUUCAUCAGCCCAAAGCAGUGAUCAACAUUACCAUCAAAAACACUCUCCAAAUACAAGGAGAAGCAUUUUCAGUUGCUUCAAUUGUUGUGUGAAAGCUUGAAGCUUCAUGCGAUUAAUUUUGGUGUUCUAUGUAUUGAUAAAUGUACCAAUUAUAUAAUCAAGUUGAUUUCAUUUCCCAUGUUUUGAAGUUGUUAGAAAUAGGAAAUUAAUAUUGUUUUUUUUUUUUAUCUUCACAUUUGAUGAUCUAACAACUUUUGUCAAGAACAGGAGUCAAGUGCUAAUGAUGAUUGCUUCUUAUUA